GGCCGUCUGCUGGAGUGGACACAUCACUGUUUAGCUCCUGUCACGCUUUUAUGAUAAAUCUGAAAUCCGGAAUCUGGAAUCGUACAUCGAGACGUUAACAUCAUCAUCGCCGCAUAUUCGCAGUGCCGUCGGAUCGGGUUGGUUCGGUUUCAUCAGCGGGAAUCGGAAGGACACUGCAGUUGCCGCCGUCUCUCGAAGGAUAAAAAUAAUUAUGGAGCUUAAUAAUUGUGUUUUAAUAGUGUUGCUUUAAAAAAAAUUAGUGUGUUGCCUAAUACCGAACCCUAAGUUUCCGUGCGAUUUGAAUACACUCUCCAAAAAAACACGAUGAAUAAAGAAGAAAGUUCAUCUGAAACGCGCCCCUCAUCCCAAGGGCUCCACAGUCCCCAGCGGCAUUGCUACACGCCGCCCCCACCGACGUCAGGGAGCGUGGCCCCGCCCACACAGCCUCCGCCCCCUCAUCCCGCUGGCCAGAAUGUGGUCGGUCGCUUGCUGAGCUGGAACCACGGUGCAGCAGCUGCAGCGGCGGCCAACUCCAUGAACCACUCCUCGGCACAGGAGCCCUCGUCGAUGACCCGGAUUAAGGGUCAGAAUCUGGGACUCAUCUGCGUGGUCUGUGGAGACACCAGUUCCGGAAAGCACUACGGAAUCCUGGCCUGCAACGGCUGCUCAGGAUUCUUCAAGCGCAGCGUGCGGCGAAAACUCAUUUAUCGCUGCCAGGCGGGAACUGGACGCUGUGUGGUGGACAAGGCCCAUCGGAACCAAUGUCAGGCCUGCAGGCUCAAGAAGUGCCUUCAAAUGGGAAUGAACAAGGACGCCGUGCAAAAUGAGCGACAGCCCCGCAACACGGCCACUAUACGGCCCGAAACGCUGCGGGAGAUGGAGCACGGACGCGCCUUGCGAGAGGCGGCCGUGGCCGUCGGGGUUUUCGGACCACCCGUGCUACUGUCGCCGCCCUGUUACGGCUCCGGACUCCUCCCCCCGCCCGCACUGGGCAGCCUGCCGACGGGACGACUGCUGCACCACAACCACCUCACCUCCUCGAUGCAGUUGGCCGCGAACCACAUGGGCGCCGGCAGCUUUCCCAUGUUCAAUGCCGCCGGGGUGCACCACUCGCCCAAGGAGAAGGCCUACGGCAUGGAGAUGGCCAACAGCGGCAACGUCUCCCACUCGACCAACUCGAGCAGCAACCACUCCAUCGAUCCCAGCUCCCCGGCGCCGGAAAACGCCAAGGAGAAGAACAACGCCGGCGGCAGUGUCUCAUCGAUAAGCUCCUCCAGUCCCACGAUGGAAAACGACAAUGAUGACGACUCCAUAGAUGUAACCAAUGAUAACGAGGAGCCGCACGCGGUCAGCAGAUCGGACUCGAGCUUCAUCAUGCCACAGUUCAUGUCACCCAAUCUCUACGCUCAUCAGCACGAAACGGUUUAUGAGACGAGUGCCCGGCUGCUCUUCAUGGCCGUCAAGUGGGCCAAGAACCUGCCCAGUUUCGCACGCCUCUCCUUUCGGGAUCAGGUGAUUCUGCUCGAGGAGUCUUGGUCUGAGUUGUUCCUGCUGAAUGCCAUCCAGUGGUGCAUUCCCCUAGAUCCCACGGGCUGUGCCCUCUUUUCGGUGGCGGAACACUGCAACAACCUGGAGAACAACGCCAACGGGGACACUUGCAUGACAAAGGAGGAGCUUGCGGCGGAUGUUCGAACCCUCCACGAGAUCUUCUGCAAGUACAAGGCGGUCCUCGUGGAUCCCGCAGAGUUCGCUUGUCUCAAGGCGAUAGUUUUGUUUCGACCGGAAACACGCGGGCUGAAGGAUCCGGCGCAAAUCGAGAACCUGCAGGAUCAGGCGCACGUGAUGUUGUCGCAGCACACAAAGACCCAAUUCACGGCCCAGAUCGCCAGGUUCGGACGACUCCUGCUCAUGUUGCCACUGCUGCGGAUGAUCAGCUCUCACAAGAUCGAGGCCAUCUUCUUCCAGCGCACCAUUGGCAACACGCCCAUGGAGAAGGUGCUCUGCGACAUGUAUAAGAACUAGUUAACUCGUGCAUUAAGUUAUGACAAAUUUAAAUAAAUAUGUUUUGUGUCUUGAAUGUUAAA